AAGUACCUAAGUACUCCCGCGGGAAAUUCAGUACCAUUUCACUUAAGGUGUCUCCAUUAUAAUGCAAUUAGUGUAAAUCGACGUUUAAAGAAGAUCGCGUUGCUUCAUCCACUAAUUUUCAGUAUUUCAUACACAUUCUUACGACACCAUUGGCACUAACUUCGUUUAUCAUUGCAAAUGUAUGAAUAUCAGUGAUAUCGAUAAAGGUAUCGAUAUAUGAUAUUGUGUAAAUCUAAAUUUUGUCAUCUUUAGCUAAAACUAUGACAAUCAUAUGUUUUGGAUAAGGCAAACACGGAAUUUUUCAAAAAGUGGAAACAAUCAUUUAAAGAGUCAAUAUAUUUUAGGUCUAAUACCGUUCAAAAGAAACAGUUAUGGAUGGGGCUAAAAAGAAAUAUGCUGCAGGCUUUCGCGAAGAAUGGAAUGAAAAAUUUCCAUGGCUUAAGCAAAUAAAAGGCGGUAAGAAGUGUACGGUAUGUGACAUACCUAUUGCUGGGGGUUUGAGCCACAUUGAGCGCCAUGCAUCCCGUGAAUAUCAUAUAAAAAACUUUAAAGUUGCCCAAAGCACACCAAAACUGGAUGCAUUUGUGGAGAAUACCACAAAACAUUGCCCUUCAACAGAAGCAGCAAAAUUGGAGAUCAUGGUAUGUUUAUUUGUGGCCGAACAUAACUUGCCAUUCACCAUCUUAGACCACUUAAACCAAAUUAUAAAAAAUGGCAUACCGGAUUCCCAAAUUACCAGAAAAUUUCUUAUAAAUAGACACAAGGGCCAACAAGUAAUUAAUAGUGUUACAGGACCAAAAAAUACUAAAGCUAUAAGCAAAUUUUGCAAUGCAAAUUAUUACUCAAUUGUUAUCGACGAGAGCACUGACUGUACUGUGUCAAAACAUUUGGCGAUUAUUGUAAGAACUUUUGAUGGAAAGUGUGAAGAUAGAUUCCUAUCACUAGAACAUAUUGUGGAGGCAACCGGCAAAGGCAUUACUGACAAAAUAAUUGAAGUUUUAAAUGAAUGCAACAUACCACUGGAGAAAAUGAUUGGGUUUACGGCUGAUAAUUGCUCAGUGAUGAUGGGGAAAUUUAAAGGUGUGCAAGCAAUAUUAAAAUUGUCAGUUCCAAAUCUUUUUGUAACUGGAUGCGUUUGUCAUAUAUUGAAUUUGGCGUCAUGUGCGGCUUUUUGUGCGCUACCUAACAAGGUAGACAGAUUGAUGAAAGAAAUUAACUUUUAUUUUUGCAACAGUCCUAGUCGCCGCGAUGACUUUGCAACGUUUCAAGAACACUUUGGAACUGACAUGCAUGUUAUUCUGGGAUACGCUGCAACACGAUGGCUUUCGAGGAAAGAGGUAGUAGACCGCAUUUUAGAACAGAGAGGUUCCCAUCACAUACUAUUUUAACCUCAAAAACUCUGAAAAUGAAUAUCAAACAGAAAAGUUGGAAUUCAUUAGCGAUGAACUAACUAAUCCCAUAAUGAAAAUGUUCUACUUAUUUUUGUCUUAUGUUUUAAAAUUAAUUAAUAAUAUUAAUCUUGAAAUGCAAUCAGAAGAAGCAAGAAUUCAUAUUUUACUUCCAAGAAUAAAAUUUUUAUAUAUGCAAAUUGCUAGAAAUUUUAUUCUGAAAGAUGGACUUAGUGACGAUAUUUUAGAAAUCGAUAUUAAUGAAAAUCAUAUUCCUUUGCAUAAUAUUUUUUGUGGAACUGAUGUUGAAAUAUUUAUACAAAGUAAACAUGUUGAAAACACAACAAUAAUGGAAUUCAAGAAAUAUGUAAAACAGUUUUAUAUAAAAUUUUGCAACACUUUGAAAAAGAAAAUAGAUUUCAAUAACGAUAGUUUGUAUAUGAUGUUUAAUAGUUUUUCACCUGAAAAUAUAAUAGAUCGAAAGACAAACAGUAUACUUCCACUUUCAAUGAAAUUGUUUCCCAAUGAAGAACAAAAUUUUGAAAACAUUAAUUCCCAAUUUAGAGCUUUAUCUUAUUAUCCUGAACUUAAAAAAUUUAAAGAUGGUAACAUUAGUGAUUUUUGGCUUAAUGUUAGUGUUAUUAAAAACGAAUUGGGGGAAUUGAUGUUCCCAGAUAUAUCAAGAAUUGCCUUUAGUAUAUUAUCAAUUCCCCAUUCUUCAGCGAAUGUUGAACGAAUAUUUUCAAUUCAUGCCACUAAGACUAAAGAAAGAAAUCGUCUACAGCUACGGACGAAAGAUCUUCCUAAAUCGAAUAAUUCUUGCUGUUUUGAUUACAAAAUUCCAGACAAUUUCCUUAAGAAAUAAGGAAUUAAUCAUAAAAAUAACUUUACAAACUUCAGAAUGUUAUAUAAGAAAAAAUGAUCUCAUAUUUUAUAUUCCUGGAAGCUAUAUACAUAUGUACCUAAAUACAUAGGUGAAUGAAUUUGUUAUGUUUGUUUUGUUUACUGAAUAAAACGUUUUUUUGUAACUCUAA